GGUUGAAGAGGAAGGGAUAUUGUCUUCUGGAGAGAGAGAGAGAGAGAGAGAGAGAGAGGGUGGAAAUGGAGACCAAACCAACAGAAAUCAGCAGUUCAAAGAUGUUUGAGGGAUACAACAAGAGAUACAGGCACUACAGCCCAACGCUGGGCUGCUCCAUGACUUUCUACAUUUACUUCCCUCCAUCACCUUCUCCUGCUCACAAAUUCCCUGUACUUUACUGGCUCUCUGGCCUUACAUGCACGGAUGAGAACUUCAUAAUCAAGUCUGGGGCCCAACGUGCUGCUUCCAGUGAGGGCAUUGCUUUGAUUUCUACUGAUACAUCCCCUAGGGACCUGAAUGUGGAAGGAGAGGCAGAUAGCUGGGAUUUUGGUGUAGGUGCUGGGUUUUAUCUCAAUGCCAAACAAGAGAAGUGGAAGAACUGGAGGAUGUAUGAUUAUGUUGUGAAGGAAGUACCGAAACUUCUGAGUGAAAACUUUCCCCAGCUUGAUACAUCACGGGCAUCCAUAUCUGGUCAUUCUAUGGGUGGGCAUGGAGCUCUCACUAUCUACCUCAAACAUCUGGAUAAGUAUAAGUCGGUAUCAGCCUUUGCACCUAUUGCCAAUCCUAUUAACUGCCCCUGGGGCCAGAAGGCUUUCAGAAACUAUUUGAGCGAAAAUAAAGCUGAUUGGGAGGAGUAUGAUGCCACUUGCCUGGUAACAAAGGUCAAUAAUGUUCCCACUACCAUAUUAAUUGAUCAGGGAGAUGCAGACAAUUUUUUGCAAGAUCAACUGCUGCCGCACAAGUUUGAGGAAGCAUGCAAGAAGGCCAAUGUUCCUCUCCUCUUGCGAUAUCAGCCUGGUUAUGAUCACUCAUACUCUUUUAUCUCCACCUUCAUCGAUGACCACAUCCGUCACCAUGCUCAAGCCAUAAACCUCUGAUUCCUCAACCUCGUGUGUUUUGUGAAUCUCAAACACUUCUACUCUACAACAGUACGUCGCUUUUUAAUUUACAACAAUGGAUAGAGAAUAUGUGAACUUGUAAAAUAUGGUGGUGCCUGUGCAAUGUAUCUUUUUGGUGUGGUGCUAAUAAUACCUGUUGGAGGCAAUAAGUUUUGAAGCGGUCUUAACGUUUGCAUAAAAUGUCAUACCCAAAUGUUUGACAUCAGAUGUCAUGUUCUUUUCAGUAGUAAGAUGAAUGUGGGAAUUUAUAUGAUCUGAAAAUGCUAGAGUAUGUGUGUUGUGGCUAAUGAGGCCAUUGCAAAUUAGUAAAAUCUUGGUGUG